AAAGAAGGCUCUGUAGGAAAUGGAUUCUACAUCGCAGGCGACACGUUUACUGAAUUGAAAACAUGACAGGCCUACACGACAGAUCUACGUUAUUCUGGGCAAAGGUGGUGGCAUUCGUGUAAAAUCGUUGGCAACAAUGGUGGACACCUAUCGACAUAAUACCUUAUUUACAUGAAACAGGAUGAAUAUAUUAUUUUAUAUCUCUGUUGGUUGUUCGAUAUUCCUCUGUCAAUAUCAUCAACCAGACGCGACAUCAACUAUAUCCUACAACAUAUAAGGGCACAAAGUCAUUCGCUUUUUCCCUUGAGACCAGGUGAAUCUGUGCGAUUAUUAAUCGUUUGUUGAAAGAGAAAGCGUGAUUUAAGACCCACUCCCACAUCAUCUUCCACCUGCACACCUCUACACACAAUAAGAAAAUGACUCAUCUAGUUUUGAAAUAGCGUCUUCUUGAACGUGAUGGUCAUCUACAAAGUGAAAGUUUUUUUUUAAUAAAGCGAUCUUCAUUUCCUGGUGGAUGCUGAAUAAGAAUUUCCGGACAUUGCUGCAACUCAGACAGAUAUGAACAGCGGAAGAACCGACAAACAACACCACUAUCUAGGUUUGUGGAAUUCUAUGCCUAUAUUGCUCCUAUUCUGUCUUCAAGAAAAUCUUUUUAAAGCAGCUGUCAUUAUAUCAUCAUCGUCGUCUUGGCCUUAAACUAUACUCACGUGAUUGAGACAGAGACUUGGAUCGUUGAUUUUCCAGCGAGAACAAUCUUCGCGAAAAAUUACUUCGCUCCUUGAAGACAAAUAGAACCGGAACAUUAACCUAGCAGCACAUGAUACAGUUUGCAAAAACAUAACUGGUCCUAUUUCGAUAUACUAGGAAAUUAUAUAAUCCUUUGUGGAAUUAUCUGCGGAGGGCCUUUCCACAGGAACGCCUGACAUGUCGGAAGACGGAUAUAAUAUAUGAAUAUACGUAAUUGUAAGGAGGUAAUUACAUUCUCUUCAGCAAUAUUUAUGUUAUUCUACCAUUGAAUUUGCUGGGCUACGUUAAAUGCUCACAAUUACUUCCUUCUUCUGGUGGUAAUCUAAUCCCUUUAUGACGUCAUUUAGUUCCAACCGGGAAUCAGCAUGAAGAGCUAGUUCGUGAUUACUUUCUGAGGCCGUAAAACAAAGUGGGAGUUAUGGCGAGGUCUGGCCAUGAAGAGGAAGUCUUCUUUUCCGCUUGUUUAUCCCCAUCCGAUUGUUACGUCACAAUGGCCCCAAUCAGUGGAACUUCCGAGUCGUCUGAAAAUCAUACUCCGGCGACGGAGAAAUCGGAGGAGCGACCGGCAAUCCGACCGUUGCCUGCCCAACGUCGCCGACGAAUCAGUCACCCAAAUAGACACAUAUCGUCUCGUUUUUCCCGCGUCAUGUCGCCAACACGUGAACUGGUAUCCGAUCGGGUAGAGUCAACCUACGACAACCUUGAUCUUUUAACCGAACCGAAGCCGCAACCGCAAUCGCAAUACGAAUCACCACCUUUAAGGAUACCGGAUCCUCGGAGGGCCGUGGAGAGUCAGUAUGAAAAUGUAGUCCUGAGACCGCCCCGGUUAUCACCGAGGCUGCCACCGCGAGCAAGCCACGCGGUCCUCACUCAACAUGUUACUCCACAGCCAGCCUUACCAAUCCGAACUCAGGUUAAAGAACUGCAUAAACUACAGCCGCAGAAAGACAGACGAUAUUCGAAAAAUGUAAGCUCGGACAUCCAACAGCAGUUGGAAGGUGUCGUAAUGCGGCGCAAGGAUCCAAUUUCAAGAAAUCCUCAGGGUCCACGGAAAAUAACCGCUCACGCGAGUCACCUCUUUGCCUCGGAUCCGGUUUUUCCGGGUUUCAAGAAAACCGGUGCGAUUGACUUCGACGCGCGGAUCUACCGUUGCAAUGAGAUCUCAAGAGAAAACAUAGGAAAACAGAGCCUGGUUAUGGGAGAAGAAAAUUUCGCGUGCGCCUACGUCAACCAUCUUGGUGGAUACCUGAAACUCAUGCGCCUUCAAGCGACUCUGUUCAUUCCUCCCCAUGCAAUACUCGGAGAUCCGGAACCGGUUGUACUCUACUUCAUGGCGAAGACGAAUCAGGUCGGAUACUCGCCGCUUGUCGGAUGCUUACAGCCGGAUCAGUUCCUUGUGAGUCCGAUAAUGUACAUCGGUAAACCGGGCUUCAAGUACAGCACAGUCGAUGUCGUUUUAUCGUUUCCCAUGGACGAGUCACACAGUACGGCGAGUUUUUUCAGUGUUCUCACCGUGAAAUCAUUUGAUACUGCUUUUUCAUCCGAGAAUUCAAAAUGGCGGAUUCUAGCUCCCGGUCACGACUACUUCUUCACUGUCUGCGGUGGGCGUGGCGUUCUCAUGGUCUCUCAGUCCGCCUUCUACGUCAUCAGGGCGACCAAAGCAGCUCCGGAGUAUCAGAAUCUCGCGAUACCUCGCGAUACUUCGAAAAGAAAGAUUCGAGUAGCUCUUUUCGGUAGAUCUCUGCCGGAAUCUAACCGAGCAAAACUCCAUGUCGUGUUCUGCAAGGAUUGUGAUCAAGAGGUAGAGAGAGUAAUCGAAUCAGAGAAGCGAGACUCAUUCCGUAAGCUAGACCACGUGAGGGCGCUGUCCAUCCAGACGUCUUCGGGUCAACCUAUCUGGGUGUCAUUCUGUCAGUUGAAGAACACAUCUUGGAUUCUCCAGACUAGUUCAACCGCGAAAUUCACACCGGACGAGCUGUUUAACUACGCCGAUCCGUAUCCACCCUCUGUGACCUUUGCCCUGUCAAAUCCGACCACCAACCUCAUGUCCGCCGAUGCGUUCGUCCAGUGCAUGGUUGUCGUCCACGAGGGAUCCUCAGCAAACUACCAGGAUGCUGACGUCACCACUUUUGUUCAGCUGGUGGGUGACGUCACCGUGGCAAAGAGUGGCCAGUUCCAAAGUCAAUCACUUGGACGGGCAUCUGCAAAACGUUUACCAAUGCUGACUGUACCUCAAACUGUGGUUACCCCGCCCUCUAGUGAUGGAUCCGGUCAAACAUCCAUCUCAUCACAUUCCUCCCAGAUAUCAUCAGAUUGCACCUCCGUGUCGCCGCAACCUGUUCCGGAUGUCGACCGGAAGUCGGUGGUGCUGUUGAACUCGUAUGACGCACAGUCCGACACGUCGAAAGCCCGCUUUGAAGAUAUCUACGUGUCCUACAAAGCUCUCGCCGAACUCUGCUUGAUGCUGCAAGCUUCAAUGACUGGAUCCAGCGAAAAAGACUGGAUGACUUUCGCAACCAAGAUUGGUCUAUCAAUGGAACAGGUUGACAGGAUGUCCGACCGUUACAACUUCCAGUCCCCACUUUCCAUCAUCCACCUCUUCUUCGGCACCUGCCCGGCGGCGACGUCCUGUUGUCCAUCGACGUCUCCCCGUGAGAAAGCUCGAGCACUCCUCGUACGCCUCAUCUCUGUCUUCCAGGAAAUGAAACGAGACGACCUGACCCACGUUGUUCGGCGCGAGCUGACGCGCAUCGACCAGGAAAUCGACCGAUACAGCAAGUUUCUCUUCGAAGGCGGCCAAUUUGAGAUUAGAACAAACGUGGGUGGCGCUGUUACCACAAACCGGACACGUCCGCGACACUCGUUCAGCGACGGGGAUGUCACCGUUUUGACACCCUCGGCAGAGAGCUUUAAAGGGAGGCUAAAUGACAUUGUCUGCUGGUUCAAGAGUAAAUCAUCUGAUGUCUUCAAAUUCACUGGAAGUAGUAAGGAAACGACUGCGGAACAGAUCUACGAAGUCCCGAGGUCGAAUUUCAGCGUGUUUGAAGACGGGAACACGUACGAAGCACUCGUACCUCUCAAAGGGCGGAAAAACUCGAACAGCGAUAAGAGGAAAGAAAAGGCAAAACAAAAUGAAUAUAAUUAAAAACAGCAAGUAGAGGGUAACGAUCUGCAUUACAAGCUUCUCUUGUUCGAAGCAUAAUCGAUAUUUUACUCACUUAAUCACAACCGAAUUAUGAAAAAUGACCGUGUGAGACAUAGAUUAUACUGCAAUCUUCCUGAAGACGGACUUGAAUAUUUGCAAAAUGCGUUGCUUAGGUUAUUCAUAUGAAUUUGAUGACUUGCAGAGAACAUAGACGAUGGUGAUUGUAUUGUUGUUAUUGUGUAUUGUAGGAAUCAAGGGAAGUCAGCAGUGGCGAACACUACUGAAUCUGACAAGAAGAUAGAUUUUGAAAUAAAUCAUAUGAAAGCAAACUGUCCUAUGGCAGAAAACAUGGAGACUGAGGGAAGGGGCUUCUUGGGUCUAGCCGCAUGCUUUAUCGGCUUUUGUUCUCACAUCGGGUCGUCGCAUCUGAUCGGGCAAUCGCGAAACCUGCGCAUUGGAGGAAAGAGCCAGCUAAAUUCCCUGAAUGUUGGGUACAGUUUACACGACCAUUCGAUAAUUUACGCCAAACAUCGGGGAAACUGGAUCCGACGUUUCGGGAAUACAUCUAUCGGGGACCUUUUUCUCGAAUGGUCGGAUAUACGCGAUUGCUCGACUCGACGCCAUAACCAGAUGUAAUGGUACAAUACGCCUUUUUCAGUAAAAGUAUAUUUCACUGGGGUAAAAUACCCUUCUUCAUAUGUGAUAAUUUCGUGUCUCCCACCAACUUUAAAACGCUUUCGCUGCCCCUGUCUUACAUUGGGGAAAAUGCAUAGACUCAAGUCCUUGCUGAUGGCUGGUCUUAAGAAGUAUUACAUUACAAGAUGGCAAAAUACUUUUAAAUGAAAACAUAAAUCAUGAUAGUCUUUUAAUUGCUGCGGUGAAACAUGAAUGCAUUAUGACAUUGCGAAAUAAUUUUCUGAAAAUAUGUCAUGUAGGGGUGUAGACUGUUGUGGCUCAGUCUGGACUUUGAACCUCAAUGUACGGGGUUGGAAUCCCACCACAGCAUUCGCAUCCUUUGGCAAGGCGUUUAUCUACAUUUGCCUCUCUCCAUCCAGGUAUAGUAAAUGGGUAUCCGUUGGGAAGCAAUGUCUUGAAUGUUUGAGUGCCUGAUCAGGGUCGCCGUGUUAAAGUGGUAAUGUUGCAUAUGACUAUUAUUAUGUAUAAAUGUUCCAAAUAAGUUAAAGUCAAACCUAUUUUGCCAUUCAACUGUACAAAUUUCACAUAGAAUAUAGUGGUACUCUGGACUGCAAAUUAUCAUGUCUUGAUAAAUAAAGCAAAA